AUGGACGCGCCAACAAAAGAUGGAGGCUUGGCCGGGUCAGACCCCAGCAAGACGGACACACUCAACUCAACAGGUUCUGCAGGGCAGAAAAGAGCCGGAGGAACCAAGAAACACACGCAGGCAAACAAAUCGGCCUUGCGGGCCCCAAGGGCCCUCUGCUGCCUCACGCUCAGUAACCCCAUACGCAUGGCCGCAUUGGCCCUAGUGGAGUGGAAAUAUCCUUAUGACCUGCGUCCCUUUGACAUAUUCAUUUUGUUGGCCAUCUUCGCAAAUUGUGUUGCACUGGGUGUGUCCAAACCAUUUCCUGAAGAUGAUUCCAAUGCAACUAACCACAAUCUGGAACAAGUGGAGUAUGUGUUUCUUGUGAUUUUUACCAUUGAAACGUUCACAAAGAUUCUAGCAUACGGUCUGGUCAUGCACCCAAGCGCUUACAUCCGCAGCGGCUGGAACUUGCUGGAUUUUAUCAUCGUUAUUGUUGGUCUUUUCAGUGUGAUUGCUGAAAUGGGAGAUCACAAACCAGGAGAUGCUCAUCACACUGCAGGUAAACCAGGAGGUCUUGAUGUGAAAGCCCUGAGAGCUUUCAGAGUACUGCGACCCCUGCGUCUGGUGUCCGGUGUGCCAAGUCUGCAGAUUGUGUUGAACUCCAUCAUGAAGGCUAUGGUUCCUCUGCUACACAUCGGAUUGCUGGUCAUGUUUGUUAUUAUCAUUUAUGCCAUUAUCGGGUUGGAGCUCUUCAUUGGUAGGAUGCACAAGACCUGCUUUAUUGUCGGGACAGACCUAAUGGUGGAUGACGACCCAACGCCGUGUGCUUUUGCGGGUAACGGGCGAUUCUGUGUGGGGAAUAGCACAGUGUGCCGAGGAGGAUGGGAGGGGCCUAAUGGAGGCAUCACCAACUUUGACAACAUCUUCUUUGCCAUGCUCACUGUAUUCCAGUGCAUUACUAUGGAGGGCUGGACAGAUGUGCUGUACUGGAUGAAUGAUGCCAUUGGUUUUGAGCUGCCUUGGAUUUAUUUUGUGUCCCUGGUCAUUUUCGGCUCCUUCUUUGUCCUCAAUCUUGUGUUGGGUGUCUUGAGCGGUGAGUUCUCUAAAGAGAGAGAGAAGGCCGUGUGUCGUGGUGAACUGCAGAAGGCUCAAGAGAAACAGCAAAUGGAGGAGGACAUGAUCGGCUACAUGGACUGGCUCAUUGAAGCGGAAGACAUGGACGAGGAUGGAAAUAAACGUGCUGUGGUGGCCAAGAAAAAGAUGAUGAAGAAAUACGGCUGGUAUAAGCACAGUGAAGACGGAGAAUCAGAUUCAGACUCUGAGUUUGAAGCCUUUCUAGAUGAUGACAACGGCUGCUGCGCAUCCAUAAUGGCAAGGCUGAUGGCUAUAAGUUUUUGCGAGCAGCUGUAUCACUUGAAUCUGGUCAUUAGGAAGAACUGCCGUGUUGCCGUCAAAUCCACCAAUUUUUACUGGUUGGUCCUUCUGCUGGUGUUCCUCAACACCGCUGCCAGCGCCUCUGAACACUACAGCCAGCCCCAGUGGCUUACUGACAUACAGGAAAGAGCAAAUAAGAUCUUACUGGCUCUCUUCACGCUGGAGAUGCUGAUGAAGAUCUACAGCUUCGGCUUUCAGAUCUACUUCAUGGCGCUCUUCAACCGCUUCGACUGCUUCGUGGUGUGCGGUGGGAUUCUGGAGACGGUAUUGGUGGAGAUGGACGUGAUCCCGCCCAUCGGAAUCUCUGUGCUGCGCUGCGUCCGUCUGCUCCGUAUCUUCAAAGUCACACGACACUGGGCUGCUCUCUCAGACCUGGUGGGCUCUUUGCUAAACUCAAUGAAGGCCAUCUGUUCCCUAUUAUUGCUGCUCUUCCUCUUCCUCAUCAUCUUCGCUUUGUUGGGCAUGCAGCUGUUCGGCGGGAAGUUCAACUUUGAUGAGACUCAAAUGAAAAGAAGCACCUUUGACACUUUUCCAUCUGCCCUGCUCACCUGUUUCCAGAUUCUAACAGGAGAGGACUGGAACUCUGUCAUGUACGAUGGCAUAAUGGCAUACGGUGGACCUGUGUUUCCCAAUAUGAUCGUCUGUAUUUAUUUUGUCAUCCUUUUCGUCUGUGGUAAUUACAUCUUGCUGAAUGUCUUUUUGGCUAUCGCUGUGGAUAACUUAGCCGGAGAUGGUGGCAAAAAGAAAAAAGAGGAGAAAAAAGAAGAGGAUGAGGAAUGGGAAGAGGAUGAAGAACGAGAGGAUGAUGAUGCUGGAAAUGAGGGGGAUGACUGGGAGGAGAAUGAAGAGCUGAGAGCAAUCGAAGGGCUUGAAGGUAUUGGUACACCCAUGAAAGUCGAAAGUUUUCAACCCAAAGAGAAAAUUGUUCCUAUUCCUGACGGAAGUUCCUUCUUCAUCCUUGGAAAGAAAAACUGUCUCAGAGUUGCCUGCCACAACCUCAUUCAUCAUCCUUACUUCACCAACUUCAUCCUCAUCUUCAUCAUAUUUAGUAGUUUUUCACUGGCUGCUGAAGAUCCAAUCAAAACUCAUUCUGUCAGGAAUGUUAUGCUGGGCUAUGCUGACUAUGUCUUCACCACUGUCUUCACUAUUGAGAUCAUGUUGAAGAUGACAGUGUAUGGAGCUUUCCUUCAUCAAGGUUCCUUCUGCAGGAACGCCUUCAACCUUCUGGACCUUCUGGUUGUCAGUGUGUCUCUAACAUCUUUCUUCUUGCACUCGAGUGCCAUUUCUGUGGUGAAGAUUUUGAGAGUGUUACGAGUACUCAGACCUCUUCGAGCCAUCAACAGGGCUAAAGGACUCAAGAGCGUGAUUCAGUGUGUGUUUGUGGCCAUCCGCACUAUCGGCAACAUCCUCAUAGUCACCACUCUUCUGCAGUUCAUGUUCGCCUGUAUUGGUGUGCAGCUUUUUAAGGGCCGGUUCUACAGAUGCACAGAUGAGGCGAAACACACACCUGAUGAGUGCAAAGGAACAUUUGUGGUGUUCAAAGAUGGCGAUAUGAAUCAUCCAAUGGUAAGGGAGAGAGUUUGGGAGAACAGUGACUUUAACUUUGACAACGUGCUGAUGGGAAUGCUCGCUCUCUUCACCGUCUCUACUUUUGAAGGAUGGCCACAGCUCUUGUACAAAGCCAUUGAUGCUAAUGCUGAGAACAGAGGGCCCAUCUACAACUACCGUGUAGAGAUUUCCAUCUUCUUCAUCAUCUACAUCAUCAUCAUCGCUUUCUUUAUGAUGAAUAUCUUCGUGGGUUUUGUCAUCAUCACCUUUCGUGAACAAGGAGAGGCUGAGUUCAAAAACUGUGAACUAAACAAAAACCAGAGGCAGUGUGUAUAUUAUGCAUUGAAAGCUCAACCAAUAAAGAUUUACAUACCCAAAAACCCCUCACAGCUAAAAUUCUGGAAGAUCGUCAAUUCAUCUCAGUUCGAGUACAUCAUGUUUGUUCUCAUUCUGCUAAACACGCUCACAUUGGCUGUACAGCAUUAUGAGCAGUCAAAGCUCUUUAACUUUGUGAUGGACAUCUUGAACAUGAUCUUCACCACACUCUUCACUGUUGAGAUGAUCAUCAAACUUCUCGCUUUGAGACCUUACCACUAUUUUAUAGAUGCCUGGAACUCUUUUGAUGCAUUAAUAGUUGUGGGAAGUUUGGUGGACAUCAUGAUCGCAGAGUUCAGUGGUGGAGGAGGACAUGGUGAGGGAAAAGAAGGAGAGGGCGCCAAAGUGUCCAUCACAUUUUUCCGUCUUUUCCGAGUUAUGCGUCUUGUGAAGCUGCUCAGUAAAGGUGAGGGGAUUCGAACCCUGCUUUGGACGUUCAUCAAAUCUCUUCAGGCUUUGCCAUAUGUCGGUCUGCUCAUUGCUAUGAUCUUCUUCAUCUAUGGUGUGAUUGGGAUGCAGACAUUUGGAAAGAUAGCCAUAGAUGACAACACGGAGCUCAAUCGGAAUAAUAAUUUCCAAACGUUUUUCAUGGCUGUACUACUGCUCUUCAGAUGCGCAACAGGGGAACAAUGGCAGGAGAUCAUGUUGGCGGCCCUGCCGGGUCGCAGGUGUGACCCAGAGUCUGACAUUGAACCGGGAGAAGAGUUCAGCUGUGGCAGCAACCUGGCUUACCUCUAUUUCAUCAGUUUCUUCGCGCUCUGUGCUUUUCUGAUCAUUAACUUGUUCAUCGCUGUCAUCAUGGAUAACUUUGAGUAUCUGACCAGAGACUGGACUGUGCUUGGCACGCAUCACCUGGAUGAGUUCAAAAGAGUCUGGUCAGAUUAUGACCCGGAGGCCACGGGAAGGAUAAAACAUUUGGAUGUGGUCACCAUGUUGCGCAGAAUUCAGCCUCCGCUCGGCUUUGGAAAACUCUGUCCUCAUCGGGUAGCCUGCAGGAGGUUGGUGUCUAUGAAUGUGCCUCUUCAUCCGGACGGCACCGUGACCUUCAAUGCCACCUUGUUUGCUCUCGUCAGAACUUCACUCAAGAUCAAAACCGAUGGACCUAUGGACAAGCAGAAUGAGGAGCUGCGAGCCAUUAUUAAAAAGAUCUGGAAGCGCACUAAACCCAAACUCCUAGAUGAAGUCUUACCUCCCCCCGCAGGGAACGAGGUGACCGCUGGAAAGUUCUAUGCCAGUUUCCUGAUUCAAGACUACUUCAAAAAGUUUCGUAAGCGAAAGGAAAAGGAGAGGAAGAAGAAAGGCAAAGACAAGUCAGCCUCUCUCCAGGCUGGGCUACGUACACUACAGGAUUUGGCCCCAGAGAUGCGACUGGCCAUGGCAAUGGAGGAGGAGGAGGGUCUGGAGGGGGAAAUGAUGGAGGAUGAAGAGUUCUUUAGGAGUGACAGCGUUUUUAGCGACGCUCCUCCCACACCAGCCAUGUCCACGCCCAGAUGCACCCCUCUGCCCCCCAAUCUGGAUGAGACCACAGUGAGCAUUGAGCUUUCUCAUAAAAUAUCCAGCAGGGACUUUAUGCUGGAGGAGGCUCUGGUGGAUUCCCGGCCGGUUUCACGGUUGUCGCACAAUGGUGUGAUAGUUGAACCGCCUCAGAGGUUAUCUCCCCUGCCCAAAAGGAAUGGGACAUCCAUAGCUAGUAACUAUAUUCCUCCUCCAUCUCCGGUUGGAGGAAUGCAAAAUGGAGAAGUCACAGCAGGAGGAGGAGUCACAGCAGGAGGAGGAGCCACAUCAGGAGGAGGAGCCACAGCAGGAGGAGGAGCCACAUCAGGAGGAGGAGCCACAGCAGGAGGAGGAGUCACAGCAGGAGGAGCCACAGGAGUAAGAGAAGUUUUAGAGACACCACAUCCUGCACAGGAAAGCAGUACCAGCAAGGAGGACACUCAAAGUGUUGCAUCACAUGAAAGACAGUGGCAUCCAGAGGUCCCUCCAGCACAAACUGCAGCCCUCAAUGGCACCAGGGAAAGUGUGUCACCAGUACAGAUAAAUAACAUCAACAAUUACCAAGAUGUUGGUGGAUAUAAUGGAAAUGGGUACCCUGGCAAUGGUUACAGUGUUAAUGGGACUGGUUAUCCUGGCAACCGUUGCUCAAGCAACGGCUACAGCAUUGAUGGUUAUUGUGCUAAUGGAUAUAAUGGUAAUGGAUACAGCAGUAAUGGUUUUCCAGCACGGCGACGUAUGCUUCCCCAAACCCCUUCAGGCUCAAGACCAAAUUUUAACAUACAGUGUUUAAGAAGGCAGGGCAGUAAUGAGGAUCUCCCCAUCCCAGGCACCUACCACCAAAACUCCCCACCCUGCAGAGCACGCACACAGACACACAGCAGUUACGACUCACGACGAAGCAGCAUUUCAUCUGAGGUGUCUUCAGCCUCCUGGGCAAACAAUCAGGCCAGACGGGGUCGUCUCCUUUAUGCCCCCCUUAUUCUGGUGGAUGAGGCGGGGGGCACUCAGACAGUUUGGGGUGACGGCAAUGGAAGCGCCACCUUGCCGGCAUCGGCUCGCCCUGGGUGGCUUACGGGUGGACCGGGAGGCGUGGCUCAGCAGCCUCGGGCGUACACAACACUACGAGUGCCCACCCAACACAGCCCUGGAUACUCAGAGAAAGGAAGUGCAGACAGCCUUGUUGAGUCGAUCCUUAUAUCUGAAGGUUUGGGUCUCUAUGCCAAAGACCCCAAAUUUGUUGACUUUGCAAAACGAGAAAUUGCCGAUGCCUGUCACAUGACCAUUGAUGAAAUGGAAAAUGCUGCAACUGACCUGCUGAGUCGAGGAAAGACGGGACAGCCGUUCAGACGCUUCGAAGAGGAUCUGUCUGAUGAGAUGAACUGUGUUAUUUCAUACUAAUGACUUUUUAUUUGUUCACUUGGGCAAAUCCUAAAAUAUUAUAAGACUUAAUAAAAGUGUAAUUGCUCUGACUAUAUUGUCUAUUCAACUCUUCAUAUACUGUACAGUUCAUGAGGUCAUUGUUUAUUUACACAUCUGCUGUAUAUUUUACAAUUCUUCAUAUAUCUACAAAGGUUAAAAUUGUACCUUUUCUGUCACUGGGGUGGUAC